CGCAAAAAGAAUUUCGCUGUCCAGUCUCGAACCCUGUGGCGUCCACGGAAAAGCAAAAAAGUGGCUGAUUCAAGGGUACUCAGUAACCAGCGGCCCAGAACCGUGUUGCAAUUGGAGGCCACCAACAGUGUAUGACGCAGCUGCAACAAUUUCUCGCAAGGCACGUUUUCAAUCUCUUUCUGCGCACGGGAUGGGAUUUCUGUUCUUCUUUAGCUGCUGUUCGGUUUUCGGCGGUGAUUGUACCCCGCUACAGUUGAAGAGGGGAUAAAGGUCCCAGGUCCCGCUCUUGGCUUUCCCCCUCGUUCGUUAUUAUUCCUUGCACUGUUUCCAUAAUUAUCACCUCGCUCGCAGACAGUUCCCCACUUUUGUAACCUUACUACCUGCACAGUACAGUAAACAGCAAGAAUGCCGACCAUGGAAGCUUCGCCGCAGACCACGGUCACGACCCUCACAUCCUCAUCCCAAUCCCUCGAGUUAAAGAAAUCUAUCACUCGACCCGAAGACAGCAAUUACUUCAAAUCCUACCGGAUAACGAAAGCCGGGCUCGGCGACUUCCAGAUCUCGUCCUCAUCCGACGACUCAGAAUACCGAGGCGAGAUCUCGCUCUACAAUCCGAAGAAACGAGAUGUGAUCCUGCAUCGGGGACCCGACGCCAAGGGCGAGAUACUGGGCGACGCGGAUCUCAAGACGUUCUCGGGUCACUAUACGGUUGAGAUUGGCGAUUAUGUCCACGGCCCGGUGAUACUGGAGAGGCUGGAUCGAGUCAAGGGAUGGUCGUCGCGGCACCAGUUUGCGUUCUCGUUUGGGGGUGCGGAGAGGGAGACGUUUAUUUGGAGGCAUAAGGGGGAGAAGUUUCAUGAUAAUGGGGGCCAUGGGACGACGAAUGGGAAUUGGGAUGAUAUGGAGCUGGUGACGGAUCGGAAUGAUGAUGAAGAGGAGUUGCUGGUUGCGCAGUAUCUGAAGAAGGAUCCGUCGUAUAGAGGGUGGAAGGGACGGAGCUGUUUGCAGGUUAGGAGUGAGGGUGGAGAGGAGUUUGAGAAGAUGGUUAUGUUGAGCUUGAUGGCGCUGCUCGUUACGAAGCGAAGGGAGCAGUGAACGUCGGGGUUUAAUUGUCCUUUGGCAUUGCUGUUUCGUUUUCUUUACUUCUGAUCGAAUGAGGACGGAGUUUGGAUUAUACACAGGCAUUUGGCGAUUCAAUUUCUCGUUUAAUGAAUAGCGGUCUGGGAAAGCUUGCAAAGAAUAACGGCUUUCAGCACUGAGCAAAUAUCAAGAGAUUAGACUUCAACACUGUUGAAUAAUGCUACGAAUCACUUCAGU